AUGUAUGGACUGCAGAGCUGCUCUUUAUUGGACGAGCAAGACUGUGAGGGGAAAACGCCAUUGCAUCUGGCCGUAGAAGGUGGAUUUUCUCCCAUUAUUGAGGCCUUGAUCGAAGCCGGAGCAGACGUGAACAUCCAAAACAAUGACGGAAAAACCUGUUUGCAUCUUGUUGUUACACUGUGGGGUAGUCCUGAACAUCUUGACAAAAAGGUCCAGACCACCAAUGGUUUUGAGCAGGUUGUAUCAAGAAAUUCUCAGUACGAGCCGCUCACAGAUAACGAGAAGCUUCUUCUCUACCUCCUCGACAAGGGAGCCAAAUGUACAACGUUUGACGCGAGUGGUGACACACCGAUACAUUGUACAAACACACAGAGACUCUGGCAGCUUAUUGUAUCAAGGUAA